AUGGCCUUUCGGCCGAUGUCAUUCGCUUGUGGUUGGCCACUGCAGUCCACAAAGUCCGCGCUUUGCAUGGUGCAAAACAGGGGUUUGGAGAUCCGCAGAGAAGGAGCCACGCCAACCGAGGGGGGAAUGACGCUGUACUUAAAAGCUGCCGCGGAUGGCACACUUGUUGGCGACUGCCCUUUUGCCCAUUUCGUCCGUUUAGUUCUGGAGGAAAAGGGUCUACAAUACGAACUUAAACCUUGUACUGAAGAUACCAAACCUGCCUGGCUGACAGAGUACUACGAGGGCAAACUGCCAGCCCUUCGACAUCGAAAGGAAUGCUAUGUGGAAUCGGAUGUGAUUGCUGACUAUCUCGACUUCUUCUUUCCGGAUCCUUCGCUCAAGGGUGGCAAAAAAGAAAUGGACGAAGCCGAAGAUGCAAUUUCUGGAUUUUUCCCUUCCGUGGCAAAGUAUUUAAAGCACAUCCCGGAUGGAGAUGACGAAGACCAGGAAAUGAAAUGUUCUCUUGAGUCCGUCUUAUUGAGGCUAGAGGAACAUCUGCAAUUGGAAAACCGAACGGGGCCAUACCUCGUUGGAAACGGCGAAAAGCUGACCUUGCUCGACUGCAGCUUGUCACCCAAAUUGUAUCAUUUGCGAACGGGUAUUGAAGCGUUCAAGGACAAUGCUAUUGACCUCGCCCAGAAAUUUCCGGCUGUAAACGAAUACCUGGACUCAAUGCUUAAACGAGAGUCCUUCCAAAAAACAGUCUAUGACAAGGACGUUAUAAUUUGGGGGUGGAGCAAUACCCGAAAAUAA